CGUGCUCGGAUACCGGCUCCUCUAACCGUCCACCCGGAAGAAUAAUCUGACUCGGGAGGGCUCUGGAGAUCAGCCCGGGUUCGGGGUUGGCUGCAAAUGCGGCUGGCUUUCGAGGCCUCACCAGCUUUUGCCAACCUUCUGAUUAAAGGUUGAUGUUCUUGCAUAUGCAACCCUGUUAAAAUGUCCUUGCCCCUUACAGAGGAGCAGAAGAAAAAGAUUGAAGAGAAUCGACAAAAGGCUCUGGCUCGUAGAGCCAAGAAGUCAUUAGAAGAACAGUAUCAGAGCACAGACUCAGGUUCCUCCAUUGCCGCCCACCAUUUCCAGUCCAGGCAGGGUCCUUCCCACAAUCUCCCAAGGGAGUCUUCUAAGCCAUCAAGCCAUAGUGUCAUUUUCAAGCAACAGAAUCUCAGUAGUUCAUCUGUUGGCGACCAAAGACCUCAUAAGUCCCACAAUUUUCAUCUCAACUCACCAGAGCAGGCAAAGGGAAUAUGGAAGAGGCAAGGAGAGGUAUCCACUGCCUGCCCGAGUCACAGCCCACCAAGUCAAAUGACUGUCACUGGGAUCUCCCCACCGUUGGCGCAAUGUCCUCCAGAGAUUCCUAACCAACGGGUCUCGGGUUAUGAGUUAGAUCAAGGUCAUUCUCAUGCUUCACAUGAGAUCAAAUUGGCACCCUUUGCUAAUGCAACUCAUGAGCCUUUGGCCAAAGCAAAGAGUUCCCAGGAGACAGCAGCUUCUGCCUCUGGACAGUCGCCCAGGGAUCCUGAAUUAGAGGCCAGGACAGCGAAAGCCUCCACCUCGGGGCAGACCAUUUCUGACAUUCAUUAUAACUCAGGGAGUGUGACACACAGAACAGAAGGAAAACUCCAGCAGAAACUGGGGGCCUUCCGCCAAAAUGCAGUAAGCUCACAGCAGGGAGCUUGCAUAAGGAAUGGAGACCGUUUCCAGGUGAAGAUCGGGUACAAUGCAGAGCUCCUGGCAGUGUUCAAGAGUCUGCCCAGCAGAAGUUAUGAUCCUGCCACCAAGACGUGGGACUUCAGCAUGACAGACUACAGUGCCCUGAUGAAAGCAGCUCGGCGCAUCCCCAAGGUGACCCUGCAACCUUUGGAAGGGGCCGUUGGCAGUGGUGGGGGACAGACUGGCCUUCCUUCAGCUCCGUCCCUUGCCUUUGUCAAAGGGCGGUGUACGCUCAUCUCCCGGGCCCGCUUUGAGGCUGACAUCGGCUACUCGGAAGACCUCAUCACAGUGUUUAAACAGAUGGAUUCAAGGACAUACGAUGUCAAGACCAGGAAGUGGAACUUUCUCUUGGAAGAGCACAAUAAACUCAUUGAAAGGGUGCGCAGCCUCCCGCAAGUUCAGCUGGAUCCUCUGCCCAAGACCCUCACCCUGGCUUUCGCUUCUCAGCUCGAGAAGACGUCGCUCUGUCUCACAGCAGAUGUCCCUGAGGCAGACCUUUCCGGAGUGGACCCCAAACUUGUGUUUAAUCUGAUGCCCUUUCAGAGAGCUGGAGUCAAUUUUGCCAUAGCAAGAAGAGGCCGCCUGCUGCUUGCUGAUGACAUGGGCCUGGGGAAGACCAUUCAAGCCAUCUGUAUAGCGGCCUUUUACCAGAAAGAGUGGCCACUCUUGGUCGUGGUACCGUCCUCUGUGCGCUUCACCUGGGAGCAGGCCUUUCUUCGGUGGCUGCCAUCUCUGAGCCCAGACCGCAUCAACGUCGUGGUGACCAGGAAUGACUGCCUGACCGCUGGCUUGGUCAACAUUGUCAGUUUUGACCUUCUUAGCAAGUUGGAAAAACAGCUAAAAACCCCUUUCAAAGUUGUCAUCGUUGAUGAAUCUCACUUCCUCAAAAACAGUAGGACUGCCCGCUGUCGAGCAUCUAUGCCCCUCCUAAAGGUUGCCAAGAGGGUGAUCUUGCUGUCGGGCACACCAGCUAUGUCCCGGCCUGCGGAGCUCUACACACAGAUCAUCGCAGUCAAGCCAACUUUCUUCCCUCAGUUUCAUGCCUUUGGACUUCGCUACUGUGAUGCUAAGCGGCAGCCUUGGGGAUGGGAUUACUCAGGCUCCUCCAAUCUGGGAGAGCUGAAGCUCCUGCUGGAGGAGGCAGUCAUGCUGCGACGCCUCAAAUCCGACGUCCUUUCCCAGCUGCCGGCCAAGCAGCGCAAGAUGGUGGUGGUUGCUCCAGGACGGAUCAAUGCCAAGGCCAGAGCUGCCCUGGACGCCGCAGCCAAGGAAAUGACCACCAAGGACAAAAGUAAAAGGCAGCAGAAAGAAGCCCUCAUUGUCUUCUUCAACAGAACAGCUGAAGCCAAAAUCCCAUCUGCCAUUGAAUAUAUCCUGGACCUUCUGGAAAGUGGAAGAGAGAAGUUUCUAGUAUUUGCACAUCAUAAGAUGGUUCUGGAUGCAAUUACUAAAGAGCUUGAGAGAAAGCACGUGCAGCACAUCCGCAUCGAUGGUGCCACCUCCUCAGCAGACCGAGAGGACCUGUGCCAGCAGUUCCAGCUGUCCGAGGGGCACACUGUGGCAGUCCUGUCCAUCACUGCCGCCAACAUGGGCCUCACCUUCUCCUCGGCUGACCUGGUGGUGUUUGCUGAGCUGUUUUGGAACCCAGGGGUGCUGAUCCAGGCUGAGGACCGGGUGCACCGCAUUGGCCAGACAAGCUCCGUGAGCAUCCACUACCUCGUGGCAAGAGGCACAGCUGACGACUACCUUUGGCCCCUGAUUCAAGAGAAGAUUAAAGUUCUGGGGGAAGCUGGGCUUUCUGAGACCAAUUUCUCAGAAAUGACAGAAGCCACUGAGUACCUGUACAAGGACCCAAAGCAGCAAAAGAUCUAUGACCUAUUCCAGAAGUCCUUUGAAGAAGACGGAAGUGAUACAGAGCUCCUGCAGGCAACAGAAUCCUUUGACCCAGGAAGUGCUUCCCAGGACAUGGGAGACACCCUGGAUGAAAGCACAUUGAUGGCCAGUUCACCAAAGAAAGGGAGAUUUGAAUUUUUUGAUAACUGGGACAGCUUUACCUCUCCCCUGUAAAAGGUGGUUUUGAAAAAGCAUUUAAAAAUCAUGGAAAUAAAUGAAUAAAAUAAGGUAUUUUGUUUUUAAA